AUGAGUGAAAAACAAGAUCAUUAUGAUACUGACAAUACAGACAUUUUAGAGCCAAGUAUAGAAGAAAACAAUGCAUGGUUUGAAGAAAAUUAUAAUGAAUUUGAAUCAUUUGACGAAAAUACGUUCGAAUAUGAAGAAAAUGUUAUCGAGCCUGAAGUAUUUGAGGAAACAUCAUCAUAUGUAACUUCACUACGUUCUUCAAGUCCUAUAAAUGUUGUUUCAUCAGUAUUAUCUAAAACAACAGAGAAACCACCAAAGCGACGAAAGACAGACACUAUUUGGAGU